ACUUCAUGUUGCUGUGAUAUCGCCAUCUCGCUCCAUUGCAUCUUCAUUUCUUUGCGAAGUCUCAUUCGCCUGUUUCUACUCUCAACCAGGACUUUGCUUUGGCUGCGGUGUUCAAGCAACAGAAUCACCAUUACGACUCUUACGAUUAAUGAAAAUACAACGAGACAAAGAAAGAGAAAAGAUACCUACCUUACCUAACAACCACAGUGGCACGAGCCCGGAAUCUCGACAGCUACCUGAUCUUCAGACGACACUGAGUCUCCCCCUCGACUUCUCAUAGGCACCAACAGGCGGCGGACAUCUAGCACCGUCACAUACCUAGUAUACCGCAAAUUUAACAUCAGCCACGCACUAUGGACUUCGCCUUCAAGCGUCAAGAUGACGCCGGCAUUACAACGGAAAUCACCAAAGUGGUGCCUCUCACGUGCCAUGGCCACUCUCGCCCCAUUACACAUGUCUCCUUCUCGUCUCAGUUAUCGGGUUCUGGCGCUACCUCACAGUUCUACAUGAUAUCCGCAUGCAAGGACAACAAUCCCAUGCUGCGUGAUGGGCUUACUGGUGACUGGAUUGGAACUUUUAUUGGUCAUAAGGGUGCUGUCUGGAGUGCCCGACUAUCCGAUGAUGCUACGCUAGCAGCCACUGGAUCGGCCGACUUCUCCGCCAAGGUAUGGGACACCUUCACUGGAGAGACUCUGCACACCCUUCAGCACAACCAUAUUGUGCGUGCUGUGGCAUUCCCGCCCCAGGAUAGGCCGCAAGUCUUAGCUACAGGUGGCAUGGAGAAGAAACUGCGCAUCUUCGACUUGUCUGGCACAAGCAGUAAUGCACGAACCCCGGGAGAAGAGACAAACGGAGCGACAAACGGAAUCACGAAUCCGGAUCCGCCAUCCUACGAGAUUGGUGCUGGAGAGCAUCAGGGUGCUAUCAAGUCCAUCAUCUGGUCGCGUGACAUUAACGUCAUCAUCACGGCAGCAGAUGAUAAAAAAGUUCGCUGGUGGAAUCUGAGCACGCGUUCAUGCAUUGCCAGCUAUGAAAUCGAAGGCUUACCGGGGUCAUGCGAGCUCAAUUCCGGCGUCGGCCUCGGUUACCCCAAUGGAAUCAUCAGUGUCGCUGCAGGCAAGAACAUCUACUUCUUCGAUGGUGGUCGCCCAGGCCACCUCAUCAAGCACAUCGCCACAGAACGCGAGGUAGCCAGCGUUGCGUUGAAUGGAGAAUCAAAGCGUUUCGUGACCGGCUGUCCCAACGACACAUGGGUGCACGUCUGGGACUUUGAAAGCGGAAGAGAGCUCGAAACUGGUCGAGGUCAUCAUGGACCGGUGUGGACGACAUGCUUCAGUCCCGAUGGAAGACUGUAUGCUACCGGUAGUGAAGACGGCACCGUAAAAUUGUGGAAAUUUACCGAAGGCGCUUACGGCUUGUGGCGAUGAGUAAAUAAAAAACUUGUUGUCCCCCGAA